CCCCCGGCUCUCUCCUUUCGGUGACGUGAGCAACCGCCGCCAUUUCGUGUGACCGAGCAGCAGCAGCAGAAGCAAGACAGAGGCGGCGGGAGGAGGAAGUCGGAGAAGGAAAGACGGUGGUAAAACAAACACUACAAUGGGAAACAUCUUUGCCAACCUAUUUAAAGGUCUCUUUGGAAAAAAGGAGAUGAGAAUUCUCAUGGUGGGCUUGGACGCUGCUGGAAAGACCACAAUCCUGUAUAAAUUGAAACUGGGCGAGAUUGUGACCACCAUCCCCACAAUAGGUUUUAAUGUUGAGACCGUAGAGUAUAAGAAUAUCAGUUUUACAGUCUGGGACGUUGGUGGUCAGGACAAAAUCAGACCUCUGUGGCGUCAUUAUUUCCAGAACACUCAGGGUCUCAUUUUUGUGGUAGACAGCAAUGACAGAGAGAGAACUAAUGAAGCUAGAGAGGAGUUAACAAGGAUGUUGGCAGAAGAUGAAUUACGGGAGGCUGUACUUCUAGUGUUUGCAAACAAGCAGGACCUUCCCAAUGCAAUGAAUGCUGCGGAAAUCACAGACAAAUUAGGCCUGCAUUCCCUACGUCAGAGAAACUGGUACAUCCAGGCAACCUGUGCAACCAGCGGGGAUGGUCUAUACGAGGGUUUAGAUUGGCUGUCCAAUCAGCUGAAAAAUCAAAAGUGAUCCCUCCCUGAGUGAAUACCACCCUCCCUCUGCCCCAAUUCCACCCAACUCCCAUCUUGUUCAGCUUCUUGGCAUCAGAGCUGGCCAGCGCCUCUGUUGCCUCCCAGGCGGGAAUGUCAUUUCCACACACAUUAGUGUCGUGUGUGUCUGCACGCCUGUUCGAGUGGGAGCAGUGAUCUCACACUGUGCCUUAUACAUGCUUAGCAGUAUUAAUACCCUCAACAAAACACUACCCACAAAUUAAACCAUCUGUACACAGCUUUACCCCUCUUUCCACCCUCGGGAUAAUCAAACAGUAGUGACAGAGAAAAGGCUAUGUACUAGUAUGCGGCAGUGUAGCCUAGUUUCUACUACAACAAAAUAAUGUAAUUUCUUCAUGCAUUAAUAUGCUAGACACAAACUUUUCCCAUUUUUGGCAAUAACUGCUGGUAUAUAAGGUUUCUUAAUAUGUGUUUUGCAAUUAAAAGAACUGAUCUGUUCCCAUGUGUAUCAACUUGCACUCUUAGAGAACCUGUUUGUGUAAGUUCUAUUUGGGUACUACACAGGGCACUAUUCCUCUCUAUUCCACCUGCUUGGGUGUAGGAAGCAGUGGGGAUUUUGUGCUGUGUGCACUGUAUAUUCUCUCCUAAUAGACAUAUCUCCCAAAUAAACGGUCCAGUUCAUCAUGUUGCUACCUCGGAUAAGCUUUUCAGAAACUAUAGCAGUUAUAAUUAGAGAUCAUUACGUGAAAACAAGUGGGGUUAGAUUUCCAAUAGCUGGUUAUGACAAUAAGAUGCCAGCAUGUUAAUACCAUAGGAAUUUUUUGUUGUAAUUUGCAUUUCAAUUGUUAGUCAUCGGGUUCUUGAGUUUUGUUCUUUUUUGAGCUAUAGGGGGUUUCAUAGCAUGUAUUGACCUAGUGCUGUGGUGUGACUUUGCUAUAUCUCACCAGCUAUACAGACUUGAUUCCCUGACUUGUUUACGCACACUGGGCUAAUUUUUAGAUAGUGAUUGGUGUAUCACAAGGUACAUCUACAAAAGGGGCAUGAUGGGUUAUUAUAGGAAAAUGCAUGUUCGACAAACUAUUCCAGGUAACUUAAAAAAAGAGUGAAUUUUGAAAUGACAGUCUCAUGAAAAUAAUUUUUCUUUCUAAAUACCUCAGACUUUCCAGCAUGCACACAUACAGCCAUUGCAUGCAACCUUUUGUGAAUAGCCCAUUUCUAAUUUGGAACAUGUUCCCUUCAUACUGACGUGCACAUAGCAUCCACCUGGCUGAUGGAGGCUACUGAGAUGUCUGCUCCCACUCCUCGCUGUGUUUUUUUGUUUUUUUAAAUGUUCUUUUUGGUAUGGGGUAUCUGAAAUGUGAUAUUCCUUACUUUGAAGGAAGUUUGUACAGUAGUAUUGUUCUAAUUUAUGAAUUUCAACCUUAUGCUCACCCACUCAUCUGUGUCAUCAUUUCUAGCCCUAUUUGUCUUAUCUGAAAGACCAAUGUUUUGUUAUAUAAGAAUGAAGGAGCAGAGGGAGGCAAGGGGUAUACAGAUGAAAGGGAAGUAAGCAGUCUGAUUUGCAGACAAUAAAAAGUAAAAGGUUAAAACUGGUAAAAGACACUUGUACUGGGCAAGUCUGCCUAGAAGACUUGUGGACACUGGCGCAGCUGUACAAAAUACCCAGGUUACAAGGACAUUGUACAUUGCAUCAGCUGGAUGUAUUACGAAUGUAGGUGGAUUCCUUAAAUAUAUAAUUUUACAAAUGGCAGUACACUUUAGUAUUGAGAAAUCAAUGGUUUUGUUAAAAUUUAAAAAAUCUUUCAAAUAUAUUUGUUCAGGGAAAAAUGUUUUCAAUUUUAAAUAAAUGAAAUCUUAUUCCUCCAGAUUCUAGAGGAGUCAUAUACUAUCUUUGUGUUUCUUUCUACCCUGGUAGUAGGGUUAAUCACCAGCAUUUUGACUCAAUCCAGAAUUAUAUCAAUAGUUCUCUCUCAAAUUAUAAUCUACAAACCCACAUUUUGUUGAUUUUGCUGGGAGUCGGUUACCUGUAUUGCGCAUGUGGCUUUGUGAGCUUUACAGCACACUAUUUAAAAUGGGAAUUUCUAUUUUCUUUUUAGCUGCAUCUAAAAUCUUUAGGUUUAUUUUGUGGGGACAGGGAUGUAGCUCUUACUGUUUUUAAAUAACAAUAUAUAUAUACUUCAGUCUGUAAAUGACACAGAUUUCAUAUCACCACCAGGCAUAUAGCACAUUGGAGCUUUAAAGUAAACUUCUUUUUUGUUAUUCUUUUCUUUUUUUUCCUGUAUAAAAUAAAAAAUGAAGAAAACCAGAUUUGAAAGUGUGAAAUGUGAUGUACAAUUGGACCGAAAUUUGAGUUUCUUUUUAGUUUUGUUUUCUAACCAUGUUGUAAUUUGUUUGAAAUACUCUAUAUUAAAAGUUCUGUAUUGGAAUAA